AUGCCUGUACUAGAUCAGCACAGAGACAAUCCUGCGUUUGUUCAAAGUCUCACACGCAAACGCAGCAAACGUCGUAUCAUAGCUCCUGGCAAUUCUAUACAAAAGCCCKCUGCUGAAGUUGCUCGCAAGCCAUCCUUAGACUUAACUCCCAAGGCUAUAACUGCGCCUGAUGCUGGUGUCUCCGAGGUCACAACUUCUUUAGCAACCCUGUUCUCUCAAAGCAGCCUUACUCCUUUGCAGGCUGCUGAAGAUCUUGCCAGUCAACAAAGAGCUCCUGCUGCGGACAUGACAACGGCUCUGUCUCAGCAGCGGCGACUAGAUGUAGCUGAAGUAGAACCGCGGCCUAAGUCGCCGGAUACGGUACAUUCCACGAAUAUCCAACAAAGAGGACCAUUCUAUGAUGAUGUUAGCUCUGGUGAUGAAUCUACCGAUGAUGACACUCUAGGGAGGCAGUCGUCUAGGACCGUCGAAUCCUCUGCUACCCAAUCUGGAAGCAUUGGUGCGGCUCCUGGAGGCGUGUCACAAGAUACUGGAAUGGUUGAUGAGGACGUGGAACAAAGCUUGUUUAUCCGGGCCAAUUCCAGCCGAGCGUCGCAGCAGCCACAAGAAAUCCAAGCGCCGACACCAGCGGAGACGCCAGCAGGGCUGACGCAAUGGUAUGCGGACGAUGUUGAGAGAGUGAAUGCAAGGCGUGACGAACAGGACCCCGACUUCUGUCCCGAUCCAGAAGUCACCUCACAACCCGAGGUGGUCAGCAGUGCUCAAAAGGUAGUCGAUCGACCAGGGAGGAUGCAACAACAGCCCUCACCUCCUCCUAGGAAACGUCAUUCGAGCGAGAUCAGACGAGAGACGCCUAAGAAGCCCAAGGGAGGACAAAUCGAUGAGGACGGCAAGCACCCAACGACGAUCAAAGGCAAGCGUUUCGUGCUCCUGAAGGAGGAUACUCGAAAGCAACGCUGCGACUUGAUCAAUCACUGCGAAAGUAAAUGGAGAAAGUCCAUGGCCGAAGUCAUCGGUAGGUCUUUGUGGCCAAGAUCCCGCGAUAAGAAUCAAACUCCCCUCGAGCCCAGGGACUGGCCGACUACUUUGCUAGAACAGAUGUCCCAGCUUGCGGAUUUCACCGCUAGAAGACCAGACAUCGCGGCUCUUGCUAUCCAGCAGGCUAUCAAUGAGCGACGUUCCUGGUACGAUACCCAGCCUUGGCUCUUGUUUGUGGAUGAUGCGAAGGCUGCGGUGCAGUUGGCCAUGUCUGGUACAGUGGUGAUUCCGGUGGAAAAGGACACGAGAGUAGAUUCGCCGCUUUUGGAGGUCGUCCGUAUCCCACAGGAGUCUGAGCCAACGACUGGUGAUCCUGAUACUGCGAUGUCGUUGGAACAGGACACCUCCGAAGACGAAUUGGGCAACGCCAGCUGCCAAGAUGAUUUGUACGGCUGCACGCCACGACCGCAGCCACGUCCUACGGAGAUACUUUCACCUAUCCAGCCGUCGACCGCGACGGCUUUUGCCGACAUUGUCGAUCUGACCAUGGAUGACGCCAGCGAUCAGGAUGUGAAGAGGCCUGCGGCCUGGUACAAUGGCCAGCCAGCUUCCAACCGAGGUAGUGGCCGCCCAAUAAGUCUCGAAAUGAUCAUGAACAUUCAAGCUCCCGAGGACUUGUCCAGCUUCACUUUUGCCGACAUGUUGAAGAUCUACGCGGCGGCAAGAGAGUGGCACAUCAAAGCCAAUCAAGAGUUAUCGUCCGAGGGCCGGAAGCUUGAUGAUUUCGCGAAUCAGUCUCUGGGUUAUGUUUUUAGGAUUUUUGAUCAUACUGACGACGUUCAAGGCUGGAUUCGAGAGGAGAGGGUUCGAAGAGGAAGCGGUAGCUGA